AUGGCCAAAGUGCUUGCUCGAACUGCAUCGCGAAAGGCCACACAUGCGUCUACAUUCCUAGCAGACGGGGAGGACCACGGUAUAGCAGAAAAGUGGCCAACGCGGUCGACUCAUUCGAUGGAAAAGGCGAAUCUGGAAGAGGUCUGGAAGAACGCAAAUCAUCGAACUCUGAUGAAGAUGUUCUCCUUGUCUGUAGAGUGGUUGAGCCAAAUAGUAGACAUGAGUGGGCCGGGGGCCGGACUGCGCAGUAUCGACACGCCAAUGGAGGAGAUUGAAUCCAUCUUUGACUCUGUGUUUGCUCCUAUUCCAGGAGAAGCAACACAGGAGCUGGAUCCCUCCCUGGCGUCAGACCUAGUCCAACUGUAUGGGAGUGAUGAGGAUAUGCUAGAUGCCUACUACGUCUUCAUCCAUCCUUAUCACCCCAUUCUACCUCCACCCGAACGCUGGCCCGUAUAUAACCGCCCCUUGUCUCAGUGGCCAGAGUGUCGGCCAUCAAGCCCGCUCAGUCUAGCUAUCUCCGCCCUCCUAGUCCUCAUUCCACACCCAAAUGAGUCCGAUCCAUUGAGAGCAGAGUAUGUGAAGCUUCGCAGGAGUUUUGCGCAAUCUUUUGCUCGAGAUGCCUUGAACGCAGUAGAGCAUGAUUCCAGUCUGCUGAACCCAUCGAAUAAUGUGCUCAAUGCGGACAGGGCACUGUUCCAUCCUAAGGUGCCUUUGCAUUUAGAAGGAAUUCUGGCUCUGAAUCUGCUGAGCGUCUAUGAGUACGCACAGCGAGGGAAUUUAUGCACAAUGACUGACCGAGCCAAUGAGGCGCUGACAUCAGCGAUGAAAAUGUCGUUGCAUGAGUCUCUUGAGGAGGAUGAAUACGCGGAGGCCCGGCGAAGGACCUGGUGGAUGACGUACAUGGUGGCGUGUCAAGCAGCCAUUGUGAACGGCAUGAUCAGUAGCCUGCAACAUUCGACCCGUUUGAUCCUCGGAUGGAAGGUUCCUGUCGAGGCGCAGCAGACGCUCCUUGAAACAGUCACGUUCAUGACUCACCUCGAGCAAACCAAGGCUUCCGGUCAAAGUGAUCAAAGUGACUCUGGGAUACGGGAGCGAAUGUUGGGACUUGAUUCUCAGAUCGGAUCAUUGCUGUUUCUCUGCAGAGACACGCGGUCUGCGCCCAAGAUCGUCCCAACUCGACUGGAAUCUCCGGAGGUCGCAGCAUCCCAGAUCAUGAUCUCUAUUGCAGAAAUUCGAUUGCACACAGCCAGAAUUAAGGCUCACAGGCUUUGUGCUUUCCAAGAUAUUCCCAGUUUUCAUCAACGACAGUACGAAUUCGGACCGUCUCCCACUUUAUCUGAAUCUGAGGCCCAGCCCGGGUCUUCUUCUGCCACUGAAGCAGAAACCAGCCAGCCUUCAACUCCUUCAUCAAGCUCACCUCUGAAUUUCAUUUUCUCCUCGCACGAAUCCUCGAAAAUCUGCUUCCACGGUGCCCUUCACAUCGUUACCUUACUGAACAACCUUCCUUUUCCUAACCCGACCAACGAGAUCCCACUUCGCAGCCCACCAUAUCUUUCCCAGACAACCCGCGUCGAGAUUCCACGAAGCAUGCUCACAUUUGCCUGCUGUGGAAUGCAAGCCGGCUAUGUGAUGUUAAUGCUUUGUCUCAAGGCACGCGCUCUGCGCGAUCGCCGAAUGGAGGCGUCCAAUUUCGCAGACACCCCCUCUCUGACAGCUCUAUUGAACGAGCUGCAUCAAAACUUACGGCUGCUUGUCAAGUGUUUGAAUAACUGCGCAAUCGCGUUUGAGGCGCUUUCUGGAAUGAGAGGUACUCCCCUUCUGAGAUCACCGUUGAUUUCGUUGGCUGAACUGACAGAAACUCUCGUCGGACAGACCGAAUAG